CUUGAACUCAUUAUGUCGGCUCUGCGGUCCUUGCAGGCGGUAAAAUUUAUUUGACUCGAGCGUGACUGUUGCUUUAUCUAAUAUCUCGUCGUCUCCGGACUCGGGAGACUUUGCUUACUUCUUAAACUGACCACUGUUUCUUCCGAAAUAAUUUUCGCGUUUCUGUGACAACGGGACAAUUAGUGCUUCGUGCCCUUUGAGGACCUUGACGCAUCGUUUCCAUUCAGCCAUUGAAGUGGGAAGAGUCGGGUCCGUAUACUGUUGUGGUUUUAGCGCGAUCUACGUGUGGGGUUUUCACAGGUUAAAAAUGUUGCUGCCGAGCUCAUAUUAGGAACCGUCUUGCGGUGUACGGUGAAACUACUCGCUCAGCUGGCGUCGUCGGUGAAGAGCAGGGGCAUAAUGUCUGGAGCGGCGGGUGGGGGAGGAGGCUCCUCCUGCUUGGGCGCAGCAGCGGCAGCCAGUUGCAGCUCCACCGGCUCUCCAUAUGCGGCUGCAGCCGGAGGAGGCGCAGGGGUGGCGGGGAGGCUACCAGCGAGGGUUUUGGAGCAUGUUUUCUCCUACCUGGAGCUGACUGACCUGAUGCGGUGUUCGCUGGUCUGCUGGCACUGGAACAAUAUCCUGGCGGAUGAAAACAGCGAGGUGUGGCGCAGCCUCUGCAGCCGGACUCUGAGCGACGAGGCUCUGCGGUCUGACAUCCUUUGUAACCUGCCCACCUACAAGGGCAAACUCAAGGCCUUUCAGCAUGCUUUGAGCUCCCACGACUGCUCCCGCAACGUUUACGUGAAGAAGAACGGCUUCACUCUGCACCGCAACCCUAUUGCCCAGAGCACAGACGGCGCGCGGGGCAAAAUCGGCUUUUCGGAAGGGCGACAUGCCUGGGAAAUCUGGUGGGAGGGCCCCCUGGGCACCGUGGCAGUGAUAGGUAUCGCUACGAAGCGGGCGCAGAUGCAGUGCCAGGGCUACGUAGCCCUCUUGGGCAGCGAUGACCAGAGCUGGGGCUGGAACCUGGUCGACAAUAACCUGCUUCACAACGGAGAAGUCAACGGGAAUUUCCCCCAGUGUAACAAUGCACCUAAAUAUCAGAUCGGGGAGAGAAUACGAGUGAUUCUAGACAUGGAUGACAAGACGUUAGCCUUUGAGAGAGGUUUUGAGUUUCUUGGAGUGGCUUUCCGUGGACUGCCCAAAACCUGCCUGUUCCCUGCUGUGUCUGCAGUAUACGGCAACACUGAAGUCACCAUGGUGUACCUGGGAAAACCUCUGGACGGCUAGAUGCAGAUCAGCCUGUGCCACCCUGAAAUCAUACACGUUCCUGUCAAGUGCAGACAGACUGCUGAUUCCCUCCCUAUUGUAGUGUUUUAAGGUUUUGGAGGGUAAGUGGUCACAUUUCUUCCAAACACAGUAACCUUAUUUCCAUAAGCACACAGAGAACAAUCUGCAAUCUACUUCGACUCACCGAAAAAAAAGCGAAGGUUUUUUUUUUUUUUCCAAACUGGACAAACAACAGGGGGAAAGGAAUGUGCAGGGACUGUUUGUGUAUCUACGUGGAGAAGUCCACUUUUACAGUUUAGCUGCUGAACUCUAUUAUUCACCUUACAGGGGAAACUUAAUUUAAUGUCACGCAUUUUGGACUCGUGCUGAAGAUUUACUUGAGAUUUUGUCUGCUUGAAGGAGGCCUAAGCUACUCUAAACCAAGUGGCGAAUACUUUAACGCAACAUUUUUAACAUGUGACACAGUCGUUAACAUGUGAGUUAAUGGACAAACGCAUUGUGGAAUGACUGCAUUACAGUGAAAUGAAACAUGUGAGCUGUAUUGUAACAUUCUGGCGUAGGUAAACCUCAAGGACACAUGGGCCACGUCCAUGGCACGUGUGUGGCAGUCCAUGCAUGCGCACUGUUGUGCUGCGUAUGCACUGAAACAUCUCCCCCUUUCAAGUACUUACUCAGUAACGGUGGAAACUAAACUUGUAACAUGAAAUGUGUCUUUUUAAUGUGCUACUGUAGUAUUACGAUUUAUUUAUUUCCUGGUUUUAUCUAUGGUACUAUAGAUACUGUGUGAUUUUAAAGCCUGAAAAUAAAGUCUACAUGGUGCCACUCCUACAGUAAA